GCUAAAAAUAAUGCGGGGCGUGGAGGUUGCCCCGUGUGUGAUAAUGGCCACUCUGAGAACGCAACGGAUCCAAUCAACGUAACUGUUUUCGGUCAUGUGAUCGUCACCAUCACCACCGAACAAACAGUAAUGGCGGACAUAAACUUCAAUCUUGACGCGUAGAAGGCUAUUGUUGAGUCUCGCGUAUUGAGCUAGCGGUUGUGCUCUUCCUUUACUCGAUGUUUCUACUGUUUUCGUAAUUCUAAUCCACUGGAGAACAAUCGCCAACCAAUGAAGCAUGAGUGGAGGACACACUCCCCUGGAUGGCAUACUCCGUCAAGAUUCCUUGUCAUCUCAGGAACUUGAGGGCAGCGUAAAUGAAGACGGAGACAGCAGCAAUGACAUCGGGGAGAUACCCACCCCUUCCAGCCCCCAACCCCGGUCCAGCUCAAGCCUCACCAUCGAGAACCUGCGCCUCUUUGAGGAGGUGACCGAGCGAAGUGGCACAGGGAGUCCCAUUGUCUUGCGCUCGGUCCAGGACUCAGGGCGGACGUCCUCUCCCCUGGGGCCAGUCAGAACUGGUGGGCGGGGCUCCCCUGUCCGAGUGGAAUUAACCGGCAGCAGCUCUCGGCCCAGCAGCCAGACUCGUGCAAGCACCCCUGCCAAGGUUGGUGCAGAGUCCCUCCGAACUGGAAGCAGUAAGCCUCUACCACCGAUCAGAGGGGAGAAAGCUCAUGAAAACAAGGAAGUUGACCUAGAUGCCAAGAGUGGGUCGUCAUCAACUGGUGAACAAACAAUAAGCACUAAUGGUGACAGGUCUGAAAUCCGUUCGCGAUCAAGCCAGCCAGCAAUUCUGAGUUACAGGCGAGAACUUGCCAGCCUGAAUGACGAUGCAGAAAGAUCCAUUCAGACAGCGGAGAGUGUGACGCGAUCUGAACGGUCUGUGUCCUUCAGAGAUGAGUCAGACACAAGGACCCCAGCAAAGUCUCCAGAGAAAACCGGUCGCAGUUCCCUCAAAUCACCGGCCAUUCGAGAGGUCGUCCGACAGAAGAACCCUGAUGGCACCGAGCGUAUUGGUGUCUCCAUAGCGACGGAGACAGAAUGGAGCUGGCUGGAGAGUGUGACAUUGGCAGGAAAAGGCGAAGUUGAGUUGAAAGAGGCGGAUCAGACCAAAACUCCGCCCAGCAGUGGCUUCCCCCGCAAGAGGAGGCACCGUAAGGGCUCCCAGUCUACCCUCAGCUAUCGCUCUGAGGGCUCAGAUGCCGAGAACGGACAGGGAAAGUCUCGGGCCGAGAGUUUUGUCGAGGAGGACCAGGAGAGAAGGGACAGCCAGUCUGAGUCUGAGUAUUCCGAUGAUGAUGUUGCACCCCUCCCUACCGACACCCUCAUCCCAAGCAUCGGUCCACCACGCAUCAUCCAGUACCAGCGAGAGUCAGACCGGGCAGUGGCCUACCCCGACAGUCCCAGCGACCGCGUCAACACGGCGGGGAUGUCCGGACUGGUUGUGCCUCGGUUUGACAGUUUCGGCAGCAGUGUGAGCGCCUCAUCGGACCUGGACGGGGACGACGACCUGAACGGAGUCUGCGAGUUCUGCCAGCAGGAGUUGAAGACCUUCCCCACACCUGAAAUGGCCCAGUCAAUGACCCCGGAGGAAAUCUACUGCUGCUCAGAUUACCAGCAGCUGGUGGAGUUCACCUUGACCCAUGGCCCUGAGGCCACCUACCCCGUGGACGAGCUGAUUGACAUCCAGCCCCAUGCCCCCUACGGCAGCAAGCAGGCCCGGCGGGCGGCCAAAGAGCGUGCCGCCCAGCGGAUGAGGGACCGAGAGAUCGCCCGGCAGAGGGCGGCCGGUGCCAACCAGGCCAACUUCUACGCAUUACAAGCCCACCGCUUAGAAAUCCUGGACGGAGUUGCACGGCAGAUGAAAACCAUCAACUACCAGUUGUCCUCCCAGAAGUGCCUUGAUGAGGGAUGGACAAUACGACCCCCGACCCCUGACGACGAUGACGGUGGUCCCCCAAUGGUCUUCCUACCAGAGCCGGUUAUUCCCCCUCCGAUCAUGUCGCAGGCAAGGCAGGGAAUUCAGGAUCCUAAGACGGUUCAGAAGUUCUACGAAGACGGCAAGCUGUUCAUGCUCAUGUUUCCUGAUGGCACCGGCAACGUGUUCUACCCUUCGGGUCACAUAGCCGUCCUGAUUACGUCCGUCGAGAAAGGCCAGUACACGUACCUUGUUUAUGAAGAUGUCCAACACAACGCUACCCUCCUGGCCGUGUUUGAACCCAACGGGUGUUCCACUUGCUAUCACUCCAAUGGCAACAUCAGGAUGAACCUGGACCAGUACGGUGGCAUCUUCACCGACAGCAAGGGCGCAGUCAAGAAGAAGUGGAGCUGGAAGGACCAGGUGACUCACGUCCAUGCCCCACCCUUCCAGCCCAUCUGCUUCGCCAUCAACAAGGUCUUCAGCCUGCGCUGCAUGGCCCAGGAGCAGGUCUUCCUGGCUUUCAACUGCAACAUGCAGAGCAUCCGCUUCAACGUCGGAGUCAAACUGAAGCUUGUUGCACCCCAGUUAAUUCCAGAGGAGCCUAUCGAUGACCAUGCACUGUACAUGUCAGAGGUCAAAGCAUAUGUAGAGCUGAUCUUGGACAAGAUACACAACGUCCAGAAGUUCUCCAAGUCCCCCAAGCUGGAGAAUCUGAGGCCGUCCCUACGACUCCAACACGACAUCGUACGCAACGAGCGGCUCAAGACCCGACGGGGCAUGAAGUACACCCCCUCCAACGGAGGCAAAGACGCACCCGUGGUAACGGUCAACUAACACUCGAUCACAUUAAUGGCAUUCCAAAUACCCUCAUAUUGAAACUUGGGAAUCUAUGAUUGAAACGUAGGAAUCUAUUAUGGCCGAACACGGAAAUUUUGUCGUUUUACUUUGUGCAUCAACAAUGAUAAAUUAUUUACAUUGCUCCUUUCAUAGUUUCCUAAAUCAAGCAAAUUGUGUAAAAUGAUUUGGCAGGGGAAAAAAGGCUUCCAUUACAGCUGAAUAUAUCACACUGUGGCAGUUACUCCAGACUUCUAUUCUGAAUCAUGUUUAUACUUGAGUGAAAUAAAAUCUGUUAGCCUAAUACACAAAUUCAGUAUGCGAAGAAGCAUUUUGUCCACUUUUUACCUGAGCAAUAGAUUGAUGUUGCAAGUAGCAUCACGGUCCAUUACAGUGUAUUUACUUUAAUGGAAACUUGCAGCUAACAAAGAGCUUGCACCACUUAGGGUUGUUCAGCUUAAUUACCUCGGCAGAACACGAGCGAAUUAGACCAGAGGUUUUGCGGGGGGGGGUGAACUAAAAAUAGAUGAUUGUUACAACUUUCUCAGAGAGGAUCGUUGUUGGAGAAAUUGCGGCUGUUUCAGUGAAGAUGAAAUGUUGAGGAGAAAUUCUUAUCACCUUGAUCAGUGACAUAAAUGACUGAAGACAGAAUUAAGCUCAGCUGCUGAUUUUGAAGGUUUCUCGUGAACGUUUAAAAAGAGAUAAAGGGGGGAAAAUGAAAGCAUGAAUGUAUCUAAUGCAGUAAAUAAUAUUUGAUUUGAUGGUUUGUGUUGGGAGGGGUGAAGAGGGCUUUGUCAAAAAGUGUUAAGGAAAUGACAAUUUGAUUGGUCGCUUAGAGUGGUUUUUAUUUAAUUUUCAUUAAUUUUUUUUCCUUUUCACCUUGAGUGUUUGUCCAAAUGCCCUUUUUACAAGAAAUUAAAUACUUUAGGUUCUUUUAUCAAAUGAACUAAUAUGCUUUCAAGGGAUAAUCUUAGGUAAGAGGCUUUUAACUUUCAAAUGCAUCCCCAUUCACUGUCCCUGUAGAAAUAUAGACAAUCUUUUAUGGUCCAGUCAAUUCAAGUUCACUGUAAAAAACUUGAAAUUUAAAAAGUCACAGAGCUCAAACUUCAGGUAACAACAGACACAACGGAUGUACGACAUUUACUGGAGGAUAUGAGUUACUUGAGAAUGUAAAAUGCUAAUCCUUUGUCCAGUUUGAUGGGGGAUGGAAAUAUCAAAGAUCAAAACAAAAAACAACAGCUGAUGUAAGAUGUUGGCAUUGUGACCUUUAGUCACUGGUCUAUAACUAGUCCACAAAAUCUUGUAUUUCCUGCAAGUAAUUGGAAGUAUAAAGGCGUUUGGACAUUCCUGAGAAGUGGAUUGACGGGGCUUUUUUUUAGUUCCACCGGGUGAACCUGCCUCAGCAAGCUCUAGAUCAUUUGGGAUGUAAAGAUUUGGCACAAUAGAAAUUGAUCUUUACUCUAUCAGUAUAAUAAGCUUAUUGGAAUAAGGAUGGUUUACCUGUACGACCACAGGGAAUAAGAGCAGAGUUGUCUCUACCUAUCGGUCAGAAUUUUGCUGCUUUUUGUGUACACAGUACAUGAAUGUACAUGUACUGUGGAAGCACCUAGUCAGUUUCCUUGUGGUUUAUGUGUGUGGGAGGGGCGCUAUAUGGUGGGGGGUGUGCAUGAACAGGCACACCAGAACACCCUGGGCUCGAUCUCUGCUGGUGUUAUUGCUAUUUAAAUUUCAGCAGUAGACAGGCCAACAGCGGAGGCGACGGCAAACUUGAGGAAUGCCCCUGCCACCGCAUGAUGGCGCUGUUGCUACACACCAGCAUACUCACAAUUAUAUGUACGAAAUGUAUGACAUCCCUCGCAUAUGGGCUAUACCUGUUUGGGAGCACUGUUAUCAUUACAUAGAUUUUGUUCAGUGUAACAUUGUUGAUAACAUUGGGGGCAGAUAAUAGUAGAUUGACAGGGUGAAAUGUAAAUGAAUCUUGCUGUAGAUUAAGAAAUCACUGGGUACGCCAAUCAACUGAUUCUGGGUGUCGGCUGCUUGACAACUUGAGUCAUUCAUGAAUCAAUUCUUUUUGUAAUUUUGUAAACGUAUGUAGCUUUAAGGCCGUUGUAAAUUGUGCAUAUAACAAUUGUAAAUAGCUAAAAUCAAAUGUACUAUGUUGAAUUUUGUUUAUUUUAAACUGUGAUUUUUUUACAAUAAAUCUGAGUGUCUCAUUCCUUUUGA